CCCCUUCGAGACGAUUCCGCGGAGCAAGUAUCCCGGCGCCUUAGAGAGAGAGCCCACGAAGCUAUACAACAAGGGGACCAAGCCCAAGAGCAGACCCAUCACGAGGAUCCACCCGCCGAGCAUCAACAGCAGGUGACAGACGCGGCUAACCUGCUAGCUGAAGCGAUCCAGCCCGGUGCAAGCAUGGUGGCAAGGCGAACAAUGACCCUAGACAGGUUCGUGCCUGGUGCCCGGCCGACCAACCAGCCCCCGCCUACCCAGGGUCGGGGUCCAGUUUCUCAACCUCCUCCAACCUCGCAGUCCGGACGUGCCCGGAAAAAACAGAAAGUGGCCGAGCCAUAUUCCACGGCCCCGGGGGACGCCUCUGCCCGGACUCCUCCCCGACCAACAGGGGGGAUUGUCAUCCGCGAGCCGCAGACCGAAGCCGGCACGGGGGGCGCAUCCUCCUCCCAAGUGGCUCCGGCGUGGGAGCCAAAGUUCCUUCUGGAUGGCAAACCAUUGCCAUCAACGGCCUCUGUUCGGAUAUGGGAUAAGGGCGAGGGCGGCCGCAUUGCCCAAACCUUGGCCGGAGCUCUCCAACUUCCCGAGGACGUGCACGCCUUUGAGGACGGGUCCGAGGAGUCCGUGGGGCGCCGGUUAGAGUGGCACGCCAUUGCGGCCGCUCAACUAGCUCACAUUGUGGCUGCCCGGGCACGGGAGCUUGACGAGGAAAAUGAGCGCGAGAAGGCGGCGCGGGAGGCAGCAGUAAAAACGGCAAAGGAAAAGGCCAAGAUUGCUGAGUCUGCCGAGAAUAAGGCUGCUGCCGCGGAGAAGUUCCGAGCAUCUGCCGAACAGAGGUGUGCUGACCUCCUGGCCAGGCAAAAUGAGACUGAACUUAAACUGGCCCAAGCCCUCAGUCUCAACACUUCUCAUGCCGAGGAGAUAGCUGACCUCAGGGCGGGUUUGGCGGCCGCGGAGCAGAAGUGGUACGACGUGGGCUUCGCCGACGCUGAGAACUCCGCAGAGCCGGUGGUUGCUCGGGCUCGGCAUAUGGGUUUCGAGGCCGGGUGGUAUGCUGCUCUUCAAGCAAUGGGAGUUCCUGAAGAUUCGCCGCUGAGAGACCCCGGCCAGAUUCCAUUUCCGAGUCCUGUACCAGCCAUCCAGAACGUCCCGGCUGCUCCAGAUGAGGAGGAGACGGCCAGUAUGAGGGAGUUGGUUGAGCAAAUAGACUCUCAUGCUGAGCCCGAGGAACUGGAGACUACGAGCACACCGACCGUGCAGGAACUUCUUGACGAGGCCCAGCCUUUCUCCCUGAUCGUCCAACAGGAAGUGCCACCACCGACUCAACCCCCUAGUUGA